GAAGUCUGGUUAAAAAAAAAAAAAAAAAAAAAAAACAAAUAGAGAAGGAGAAGCAAAAAUGUUGUCGUCACUUUCGUCCUCUAGCACGGGAGCCAAUAAUCUCAGAUUCUCAACCAACACAGGUCUCUACUCAAGCUAUGUGUCUAGAAAACAACUCUGUCGUUGCCCUUUCACUUCCUCUGCUAGAUCAUUUCCUAAACUUCAAGUUCAGUCACUCCCACCAAAUCAACCCAAAGUGAUCCCACCCCUUAGUCUACUUCCCAGACCCAAAAGACCAACCUUUCUUAUUCGUUGUGGCAUUUCAUCAGAUAACUUAGGCGCCAGUAAUGAGAAAAGUUUUAGGGAGUGGAUUGAGGUGGUAGGCGAGGCAAUAUCUACAGCAUUUCCUAUAUGGGUAUCGUUGGUUUGCUUGUUGGCGCUCGUAAAGCCCAGCUCUUUCAAUUGGGUCACCCCGAAAUGGACCAUUCUUGGCAUUUCUCUCACCAUGCUUGGAAUGGGCAUGACACUUACCUUCGAUGAUCUUAGGACCGCUUUCGCUAUGCCUAAAGAGCUUAUGUCUGGUUUCGUGCUUCAGUACUCGGUGAUGCCAAUAUCUGGGUUUUUGGUGAGCAAGCUCUUAAAUCUGCCUUCACAUUAUGCAGCUGGUCUAAUAUUGGUUGGUUGCUGCCCUGGUGGAACAGCAAGCAACAUAGUGAUUUACAUUGCACGCGGAAAUGUGGCACUCUCAGUAUUGAUGACAGCAGCAAGCACUUUAGCAGCUGUGAUUAUGACCCCAUUUCUUACAGCCAAACUGGCUGGACAAUUUGUUGCAGUAGAUGCAGCUGGACUGCUAAUAUCAACCAUGCAGGUUGUGCUUCUUCCUGUUCUGGCUGGUGCAUUUCUAAAUCAGUAUUUCCAAGGCCUGGUUAAAUUUGUAUCACCCCUGAUGCCACCUAUUGCUGUGGCAACUGUUGCUGUUCUAUGCGGAAAUGCAAUUGCCCAGAGUGCUUCAUCAAUCCUCAUGUCUGGUAAACAAGUGGUGCUUGCUGCAUCUCUACUUCAUGCAUCUGGCUUUUUCUUUGGAUAUGUGCUUGCAAGAGUGCUUGGACUUGAUGUGGCAUCAUCACGGACCAUCUCCAUUGAGGUUGGGAUGCAGAACUCGGUGCUUGGAGUCGUUCUAGCAACUCAGCACUUCGGAAACCCACUGACUGCAGUACCGUGUGCUGUUUCCAGUGUAUGUCACUCGGUCUUCGGUAGUGUCCUGGCUGGAAUUUGGAGACAGAGUCUGCCUACUCAAAAUAAGGAUUGACAUGUCAUGCAAAAACUUUAUAUGGAUUAUUUCUUUGCUUUUGUUUAACAUCAGAUGUUUAUAUCUAGAAUUUGCAUCAGUGCUCUGGUUUUGGUAAUGCAUUAUGUUUUUCAAGGCCAA